AUGAUUAUUGAGGCUAAUUCUUUGGCUGAAGAAUUAAGAGGUGUUUCAAGGUACGAAAAAGUAAUAAAACAAUAAUAAUUACACAUAGAUUGCCUAUGUUUCAAUAUUUAUGAUUGGAUUACUUAUUAUUAAAACAGAUGAUGCUUACAUUACAUGUGAAACUACAUAAGAGCAAUAAGGAAUCAUUUGGGAAAUGGGAUUGAUUCCUUUAGCUUUUAUUGGAGAUGUUACUAAAAAUUUGAACAUUAAUAUUUUUAUUGUAGGAUUACUUUAAUUUUUGGCUUGUCAAUUAAGACUUUAAUUUACUAUUAUUUAUUUGCUCUAUAAAAUUCUGGGAUAAGGACAAAUGGUAUCAUAAUUAAUAUAUUUAAGAGACUUAUAGUUUACUUUACUUAAUACCCUUGAUAACAAAUCUAAUAUUACCAUAUUAAAAAGUACUUUUUGGCUUUGCAUAAUUUGUGUUAGUAUUAUUGAUUAUAAUGUUAAAUAAAACACUUAUGCAAUAAAAAUAACACAAACCUAAAAUUAAUUUUUAAUUUUAUGCAAGCAGAUUAAUAGCAUGUAUUAUAUUAAUGCAAAAAUUGGAUAUGGUUAAUAGUAAUUUUUAUGAUAAUCAGGUGAUAUUUAUGAGUAUUAUUUUUAUUUAUAAAUUAGUACUUAGUUUACCUGUUGUUAAAUUAUUGUGUAAUAGAGUACCAGAUAUAGCAUUUGCUAUCCUAUUCCUCAUUUACUUUUAUUUAUCAAAAGGUUACCCAUUUAUAUAAAAUGUGUUGUAAGGUUUGCUUGUUUGUUUUGUUAUUGUAAAACUAUUGCCAGUUAUAAUGGAUUAAAAAUUUUCAAGUAUUUUGUAUUCUAAUAUAAUUAGUGACGAUUUCGUUACUCUUGCCAAUUAUAAUAUUGAUUUUCCCUUUGUCAGAAUAUUUUUUUGUGUUGUUAAUCUUCUUAACUAUAAGCGAACCACCAUAAAACUUAUAUGAGUAGAUUGAAUUAUGA